CCUCUUUUUCUUCACGACAGACUUCGAUUCGUGUUCUCUGUUGAGUUCACAAGGAGCACUUCCCUGCCCGGUAGUGCGGUCUACUCCCUGCUUGUUUCGGUGGGACAAGUUUUUCGCAAGGAUAUCUGAACCGAAACCGCCAAGAUGGUGAAUAUUACUGAAAAGAUCAAAGAGAUCGAGGCCGAAAUGGCCCGAACUCAAAAAAACAAAGCCACAGAAUACCAUCUCGGACUACUGAAAGGAAAGCUUGCACGAUUACGAGCACAACUACUUGAGCCAGGCCCGGGCGCCGGUUCCGGCGGAGGGACAGGCUUCGACGUUUCCAAGUCGGGAGAUGCGCGAAUAGCCCUGGUCGGUUUCCCAUCGGUCGGUAAAUCGACGUUUUUGUCCAAAAUCACAAAAACCAAAUCAGAAGUUGCAGCCUACUCAUUUACGACCUUGACCGCAAUUCCUGGAGUGCUUGAAUACGGAGGUGCUGAGAUCCAGAUCCUCGAUUUACCUGGUAUCAUUGAAGGUGCUUCUGAGGGUAAAGGUAGAGGUCGACAAGUCAUCAGUGCCGCAAAGACAUCCGACCUGAUAUUAAUGGUGCUCGACGCCACGAAAAGAGCCGAGCAACGAGCCCUCCUGGAAGCGGAAUUGGAAGCCGUCGGGAUCCGAUUGAACCGCGACCCACCGAACAUCUACCUCAAAGCCAAAAAGGCCGGCGGCAUGAAGAUCACGUUCCAAUCACCACCGAAGUACAUUGACGAGAAGAUGGUCUACAACAUCCUGCGAGACUACAAGAUCCUAAACUGCGAGGUGCUGGUGCGAGACGAGAACGUCACGGUAGACGAUUUCAUCGACGUCAUCAUGAAGGACCACAGAAAAUACAUUCGGUGUCUGUACGUGUACAAUAAGAUCGAUAGCGUGACGGUGGACUACCUGGACGCUUUAGCCCACGAACCCAACACGGUCGUCAUGUCGUGCGAGCUGGACCUGGGUAUUCAGGAUGUCGUCGAGCGGUGCUGGCAGGAGUUACGGUUGAUGCGCAUCUACACGAAGAGACAGGGCGUGGACCCGGACUUUGGAGAGGCCCUGAUCGUGAGGAGCAAUAGCAGCAUCGAAGACGUGUGCGACCAGAUCCAUCGCACGCUCAAGGAGACGUUCAAGUACGCGCUCGUGUGGGGUGCAAGUGCGAAGCAUAUCCCACAGCGAGUCGGGUUGGCACACGUGGUUUCUGAUGAAGAUGUGGUGCAAGUGGUUAGUGCUUGGAAAGCAUAGACUUGAACAGGAAUGUAGUGUCUUGACGACGAAUAAUGAUGAUGUUCAGGCGAAUAAG